UAUUGUAUUUUCGUAAUUUUGUAAAAGAUUUGUCAAUAUUUUAAUUUUUAGCUGUAAUUCGUCUAAAUUAAGGCCCGCGGUUGUGAUCUUGUGUUUAAAAUGCAUUACCAGUCAGUAUUGACCAGCGAAACAAUGCUUUUAGCGUGAUAAUGAUUAUCAGAGACUUUAGUGAAGGUAAAUCGUGGAUACAACAUCUAGGCCACUAAAGAAAUUAAGUUACGUGUGUGUGCUACGGGAUAAACCAAUGGAUAAAAAAGAAGAUAAAUGGGAAGUGCUCACCACUAUUAAAUCUUUUGAUUUAGGUAUAGCACGCAACAGCCACCAUGAAUCCGUGCUGCACCAGAGCUCGCAACAGAUCGAAAUCGUCCAAUCGGCGGCGACCACACCGAUUAGCCUCCUAGUCCAGUCGCUCGUCAAACAAUUAUGCGCAUUACUCGAAAAGGACAACUCCAGAGCCAACCACUUGUACAACACAAUCUGCGAGAAACUUCACAGCAUGAACUUGAUAGAUGACUCUUACGCUAUGGGGGAAUUUGAGGUCAUGAGGAGUCAGUAUCAAAGAGCGUUGUACCAACUUGUAACUGUAGCCAGCGGGGCGGAAAUCCCUAUUACCCUACCGGUGACGUGGCCUAUAACUAGAUCCGGGCUGGAAUGGUCACGUUACCACAAGGAAUUUGAGGAGCUGUAUUUCAUAGCUGGAGGAGGUUUUGGCAGUGUUUUUAAAGCACGACACAGGUUGGACGGAGUUGAGUAUGCUGUCAAAAAAGUUUAUAUCAAAUCCUCGGAUGUCAACUCUAUUAUGACGCAUUUAGCCGAAGUUAAAACCAUAGCUAGUCUGAAUCACCCUAAUAUAGUUAAUUACAAAGCUGCCUGGUUAGAACCCAUGGUAGAGUCCACAGUUAAAAAGAAGAGAAAAUUCAAAAUGGAUACUGACAACGAUGAUUUUUCUCUCGGUUCCCACCAAUUAUCCUCAGUCUAUCCAAACAUGAUGAAUUCAUUCAAAACUUACAACUCCAAGGACUUAACGAAAAACCAUAGCCAAUCUGAUUUCACGAUAUCGUUUAAAAAUUCGAAUAGUUUCGAAAACACAGUCAGUUCCGAAGAAAUAGAUACUGAAAGCGAUGAAGACUCCGAUUUCGAAGAACAAAAUGCCGUAUGCAAGCUGCUAUCUGGGAUGGAAUACGAAAAUUGUUCUCGGGUCAACCUCAAAUGGGCGACUCUGUAUAUACAAAUGACAUUCUGCCAACAGACAUUAAAACAGUGGUUGGACGAGCGAAAUAACCACAUUGUACUAACGCGGAAGAAUUCUGACGAUAUGACUCUACAUCAUAGUGAUUCAACUGACAGUAAUGACUCUCCAACUCUUGAAAAUGCUUAUCCAAACUAUCCCAUCGCUUGGACACGCAUAGACGUUCUGGUUGACAUGUUCACUCAGCUUGUCAGAGGGUUGCACUAUAUUCAUUCGCGCGGUAUAAUACACCACGAUGUGAAGCCGAGUAAUGUCUUUGUGGAGCAGAGUGAGAAUGGAAUGUUGGUGCAGCUGGGGGACUUUGGCUUGGCUUGUCCGUUGCAGCAAUCUCACAGCGGGCUGGCGCUCGGGACUCAUAUGUACGCAGCGCCGGAGCAGCUUGAUGGACAAUGCAAUCCUAAGAGUGACAUGUACUCCCUUGGCAUAAUCCUCCUGGAGAUGGUGGAACCAUUCAGCACAGACAUGGAACGCGUCAAAACCAUCACAGACCUCCGCAAGGGGCAAAUACCUGCACACCUCACUGCCAACUAUCCUAAAAUAGCUCAUAUCAUCGGAAAACUGGUUCAGAGGCGACCCAGUAGACGUUUGGACACCAAUCAGUUGCUAGAAGAAUUGAAGUCACUCUCGGAGAACAAAGACGAUACGAUAAAACAGUUGAAGGAGGAACUGGAGGCGAAGAACGAGGAAAUAGAGAAAUUGAAGAUGAUGCUGGCUAAAUUAAAUAAUAAAACGCAGUGGACUAGCCACGAUUGUUGAACGACAUAGA